AUGCAGUGCCAUGGGACUAUUGUUGAGAUGCAGUGCCGUGGGACUACUGUUGAGAUGCAGUGCCGUGGGACUAUUGUUGAGAUGCAGUGCUGUGGGACUAUUGUUCAGAUGCAGUGCCGUGGGACUAUUGUUCAGAUGCAGUGCCGUGGGACUACUGUUGAGAUGCAGUGCCGUGGGACUAUUGUUGAGAUGCAGUGCUGUGGAACUACUGUUGAGAUGCAGUGCCGUGGAACUACUGUUGAGAUGCAGUGCCGUGGGACUAUUGUUGAGAUGCAGUGCCGUGGGACUAUUGUUGAGAUGCAGUGCCGUGGGACUACUGUUGAGAUGCAGUGCCGUGGGACUAUUGUUGAGAUGCAGUGCUGUGGGACUAUUGUUGAGAUGCAGUGCCGUGGGACUAUUGUUGAGAUGCAGUGCUGUGGAACUACUGUUGAGAUGCAGUGCCGUGGGACUACUGUUGAGAUGCAGUGCUGUGGGACUAUUGUUGAGAUGCAGUGCCGUGGGACUAUUGUUCAGAUGCAGUGCUGUGGAACUACUGUUGAGGACUAG